AUGUUUAUUGGCGAUUUUGCCUCUGAUUCUUUGAUUCUUCAUUUCUUUUCUUCUCUCGUCGAGCAUCCAAAGCAAAUCCAAUACGUCAUCGACACCGUGGAAGAGAUUCUUCGAAGCCUGGUCCCAGCUGAAGUUGCCGAGUACAGCGUUGACAAUCCGCCUCCUUCUGGCUACAAUUUUCGCUUUGAAAGAGGUACGACCGUCACCGAGACUGUCACUGUUGAAGAGACCGAAGUUGAGAUAAGAAAUCAAGCCGAUGAUCAAUCAGUGGCUGUAAUUCGCGAGCAGUUUGACUUGUUGGUUUCGGGGAAAAAUCACAAUAGGCACCGGGCCGACUCGCUUGAUCUGCUCAGAUACGAUUCGAAUGAGGCAAGCAAAUCUUCUGAUGAACUGGUCAAAAAGCAGAAACAAAACAAGAAAACUUCUCCCGACUCUACUUUAGAAGAUGGUCAAAAGUCAGAAAAAGCUACAAGAAAGAAGCAAAAGAGUAGCGAGCCACAAUUUGGAGUAGUCGUAUCAGGCACGGUCACCAUUCAACGCCUCGAUCGACCCGAAGAGCCACCAAAGAACAUCGACUUUAAGUUUGAUUGCCCCGGUUUGGAGCCUCAUCGAGUGUGGGUGAACGGUCGAUGGAGGGAUUUG